UGUCCGAGCAGCUUCACGGCCUCUUCUAACCUGCCUGGAGAGGGUGGCCCUGAAGCGUAUCCUACUAUCCCUGUGUUGCAAUUGAAGAAUCUCUUUCAAAAGGGUGGCUCGGAGAUCCUCAAAGCUCCCAGUGGCAAAGACCAUUUGGCCCCCAAAGGUGCCCCCGAGAAGCCCUGCAUGCUGCCACUCCGCCCCGUGCCCCCUUCCAGCAGUACUAAGAGGUCUGAGAAGCUGAACCCUGAGCAAGACCAGACCAGAGUCAAAGAUGGUCUCCAAGUGGGUCUCUCUGCCAUCCUCUUGUCUACUUCCCCUCAUGCUAAGAGGCGGCAGCUAAGUGAAAUGGGCUCCAGAUCCCCUACCCUGAGAAGGGGGCCAAAAGCACUAAAGGUGGGUGAGGAAGCUGACAGCACAGCCAGUGUGCCACUGGAGCCUGCUGAGCACCAAUGGGUGGUGAAAGCCACAGCUGGCCAGUGGUCCCAGCAGCUUCAUGGCUUGUUGCUCAUUGACUUGAAUCUGGCAAGCAAAAGAGAUUUCAUGAGUGGCUUCACGGUUCUCCACUGGGCAGCUAAAAGUGGAAAUUGCAAAACACUGAGGAAAGUCAUAGAAAUGGCUGAGAAAGGAGGUGUUCGCAUUGAUGUGAAUGCCAAGUCGUACGGAGGUUAUACCCCACUCCAUAUUGCUGCUAUCCACGGGCAGGAAGAAGUUAUUGCCGAGCUGGUCAAAGUUUACAAUGCCAAGGUUAGUUUAAGAGACUACAGUGGGAAGAAACCAUUCCAGUAUUUAAAAGAAGGGUCUUCUUUCGCAGUCAGGCAUCUCUUAAAUGAUCCUGGUCUUCACACCAUCACUGGACAAAACCAUUCCAUCAAGAAGAACAUAAAAGUGGCUGCUUCUAUCUUGACUUCCACCAGCACCGUCCUGGGACUGUUGUCUGAUGAUUCUGUCUUCUAUGAACUGACAAAAGGCUUAAAGAAACCUGCUCCCAUCAAUAAGUUUCUUAACAUAGCCACAGCCCCUAGGAGGAAGCUGAAGUCCCGUAGGACGUUAUCUUCUUCUUCUUCUUCUUCUUCUUCCUUGUCUGAGGCCCUGGAGGAAGAACAGGAUGAAACUGCAUCAAAACACAGACUGGUUUCAGAAUUGUUUUUUGGUCACUUGUCUCACUGAAAUCAAGUAAUAUUAAUAUUUAACUAAACAUAUUUUGCUUUGCAUUUUUGAAUGUGUUUCAUUUCAGCAGGAGGAAAAAGAAAAGAUUAUUUAGGAUUAUGUUUUAACUUGAUAGUUGCUGCUUUCCAGCAUUUGAUAAGGCAGAAUUUUUUAGUUACAAAAUCUACCUUUACUAAAUGUGAAAUGUUGAAGUUUCAUCUCAAUUUUAUUUGAUUUGGGUUUUUUUCUGAAUGAGAUGUAAGGUUUGAUUUAGGCCGUAUUCACUUAACUGGAUACAAAUUUCCAUGAAAAUCAGCUGAAUA